CUCUGCAUCUGGGGAAGCCGCGGGUACAGGCAGUCUGGGGCCGGGGGCCAGGGGCAGGCCUCGCCGAGCCCCCCCACUCUCUUAGGAACAGUGGGCCCCAUUCAUAGGAGCCCAUUCAGCCAUGUGAUCCCGCCCCCUCGAGGCAGGGGGCUGGUGGAGGGCGGGUCCCCACGGCUGGGCUACCUCAUGCUGGCCUCUGCACCCCUCCCUCCCGCGCUCCGUCCUUUGGGAGGCAGAAGACAGGAAAUGACUGCCAGAGAUGGGGUGUGAUUUAUUUUAUUUUAUUAUUAUUUUUUUUUUUUUUUGCGAAAGCAGCGUUCUGUCCCCCGGCCUCACGCGGCCCACAGCUGUUUUCCUCUCGGUACCAGCCAGGUGGCCCUCUGCCCCGUGCCCCUGCUGGCCCUCACAUGACUUCAGCCUGUGGCUUCUCAGCCCAGCCCGGCGGGGCGGCUCCACAUUCCAAUCUCCUUCCCGAACCCAGGCACCCGGGCCUCCAGCUGAGGCUUUCCCGGUGGCCGGUGACUCAGGCCCUCCCCAAGGAGGGGGGCUAGGUGGUGACUUCAGAGUGCACGGGCAGAAAAGCCCGGAGUCAACACAGAAUCGAAACCCAGGACAUUGACACAACCAGCUGCACAGCUAGCACUCCGGGGGGACCCCCCGAGACCCCGUGGCCUGCUCCCCGCAGACUUCUGAGCGCAGAUCCCCUCCAAGGCCGACCCCCGGGUGACCGGCCUGCCGCGGGCCGGGGCAGAAGCAGGGCCCAGGGCUCCGGGACCAUGCGUGGCUCUCCCUGCCGUCUGUGGCUCCUGGCACUCAGCAUCAACUUGGUUCUGGGGGCGCAGCCCCUGCACCCCCAAGGUCUGGAGGAAGGGGACAAAGAAGAGGCAUCCCGGUCACCUGCCACCCGCUGUGACUAUGACCCCUGUCGCCAUCUGCAGGUGCCCUGCAAGGAGCUCCAGAGGGCAGGGGCCCCGGCCUGCCUGUGCCCCGGGCUCUCCAGCCCGGCCUUGCCCCCCGACCCCCCGCGCCUGGGGGAGGUGCAGGUGAGGGCCCAGGACGCCAGCGCCCUGGUGCAUUGGUGCGCCCCCUUCUCCCCGGUCGACCAGUACUGGCUCCUGCUUUGGCCCGGCAGCAAGGGGACACCCCAGAGGGGCCCCCCUCUCAACGCCACCUUCCGCCGAGCAGAACUUCGGGAACUGAGCCCCGGGGGUGCUUACGUGGUGUGCGUGGUGGCCGCCAAUGGGGCCGGAGAGAGUGGGGUGCCCGAGGGGCCCGGCCCUGCCUUCGGGCCCUGUGGCUACUUCACCAUGCCGCCCCGGCCCCAGACGCUGGUGUUCGCCGCCGUGGGAGUGGGCACCAGCCUGGCCCUGCUCAGCUGCUCUGCCCUCGUGUGGCACUUCUGCCUGCGGGACCGCUGGGGCUGCCCCCGCCGCCACCGCCGCCCCCCGGCUGCCCCAAACCCGCCCGGGCUCUGAGCCAUCCAGCACAGCUGCACCCCCGCCCGGAGAGUCCAGCCCAGCACCCCCAGUUCCCUGCUCCCGAGCAGCUGGCUGUCAUCCGGGGGACCGCAGGGUGGGGGGGCCCGCCUGGCUGAGUCUUGGUUCUCGACCAAAAAGGUCAGAAGGUUCCAAACCAGCUGGUGAGGUUUCGGGCGGAGCAGAAGGGUCCUCUCAUCCGUUUCCUCAAACACUUGGGCCGCAAAGCAAAGCCAGAACAAUAGAUCAGCGGGGAGGGUGUUUGCCUUGCAUGCAGCCAACCUGGGUUGGAGCCCCAGCAUCUCAUAUGGUCCCCCGAGCAUUGCCAGGAAUGAUUCCUGAGUGGCACAGCCCUGAGCAUCCCCCGGUGUGGCCGCAGAACAAAAAGUAAAAGAAAUUGGGGGGCAGCUGGGGCCGGAGAGUACAAUAGGGAAGGGGGUUGCCUUACAGGCGGCUGACAAGCUCCACCAGGAGUGAUCCCUGAGCACAGAGCCAAGAGUCAAGUCCUGAGCACCCCGCCAGGUGUAGCCACCAAAACAAAGUUGGGGGUUGGAGGAAUGGUUCUGGCUCAGCUAGUGCCCAGGGGCCAUGUGGUGACAGGAUCAAGCCCAGAGUCUCAUCAAGGAUGACACCCCCUGGGGCUGGAGCGAUAGCACAGCGGGCAGGGCGUUUGCCUUGCAUUCGGCCGACCUGGGUUCGAUUCCCAGCAUCCCAUAUGGUCCCCUGAGCACAGCUAGGAGUAAUUCCUGAGCGCAGAGCCAGGAGUAACCCCUGAUCAUCACCGGGUGUGACCCAAGAAGAAAAAAAGAGAAUGACACCCCCAUUCACAGAGCCUUUUGCUCAAUUGGGUUUAGGGGCCACACCUGGCGGUGCUCAGGGUGGCUUCCUCCUGGCUCUAUGCUUAAGGCACGCCUCUUACCUGCUGGUCCUAACAAAGGCUCACUUAUUUUUUCUUUUAGAUUUUUGGGUCACACCCGGCGAUGCACAGGGUUUACUCCUGGCUUUGCACUCGGGAAUUACUCCUGGAGGUGCUAGGGGACCGUAUGGGAUGCUGGGAAUCGAACCCUGGUCAGCCGUGUGCAAGGCAAAUGCCCUACCUGUUGCACUAUAGCUCCAGUUCCCCUCAAAGCUUCAUUUUUCAGGAAGGGUCUCCUCCAGGGCAUGAGGACCCCCAGGGCUACCUCAGGGGUGCUUGGGAGGUCAUGGACGCCAGAGGUUGGACCCCAGGCCCCGGCCCCUUGCGAGUGGUUAUGUGUUGCUGCCCAUUAAGCUAUUUCCCUGGCUUCAGGCUUGUUUCCCUUUUCUUCCCCUUUGCAGUGCGUGGGGGGGGGGGAGGGGGUGGAGAAGAUGCCCUGGGGACCCUGCCCUGGAACGGGGCCUCAUACACGCACAGCAUGUGUCCCAGCCUUCUGAGCUGUCUCCCUCGCCAAGUUCAAUUCUUCUUAAAGAGCCAGAGAGGGGCUGGAGCGAUAGCGCAGCGGGUAGGGCGUUUGCCUUGCACAUGGCCGACCCAGGUUUGAUUCCCGGCAUCCCAUAUGGUCCCCUGAGCACCGCCAGGGGUGAUUCCUGAGUGCAGAGCCAGGGGUAACCCUGAUGCAUCACCAGGUAUGACCCAAAAAGAAAAAAAAAAAAAGAGCCAGAGAGUAAGAUCAUUUAGGUUUUGGGGCCAGAUCGUACCGAGGGUAGAGAGUGCUUCCAUGAAGUGGACCCAGGUGUGAUGUCCAGCAUUCCGUAAGGUCCCCUUAACACUGCCAGGGGGAAUUCCUGAAUGCAGGGGUCAGGAGUAACCCCUGAGCAUUGCCCAGUGUGGCCCCAAAAUAAAACAGACCAGACUUGGGGGGGGUGCUGUUGGGACCAGAGAAAUUGUAGAGCAGGGAGAGGGCACACAGUUGACCCAGGUUUGACCCCCAGCCCACAGACAGACCCCCGAGCCCCACCAGGAAUGACCCCGGAGCACCACUGGGUGUAGCAAAGAAAAAAAAAAAACAGGGGGGAGGGAAUGUAGGUUUUGUGGCUCCAGAGGAGAAAAUGGAAGAUGAGUCAUAGAUACUUUAUAUAACAUGUAAUCACUUAAAACCAAAAAUCAUUUUGGGGUCAGAGAGAUCAUCCAGCGGGCAGGGCUCUUGCCGAGCAAGCCACCGACCAGGGUUCUAUCCCGGCGUCCCAGAGGGUCCCCUGAGCACCACCAGCAGUGCUCCCUGAGUGCAGAGCCAGGAGUAACUCCUGAGCACGGUGGGCUGUGGUUCAAAAAACAAACUAAAAAAAAUAAAAUCCUUCUUAGCUCACAGGCUAAGAAGGGAGCGGUAGAGUCGAGUCGCCUCAGACCCACACCACAUAACGGCUCUGUCAUGACGGGGUGGGGGAGGGCCCAGCAGUGGGCCUUUUCGACUCAGCUGGGGUAAGGGUGGGCCUCAGGACCGCCCUCCCUCGUCCCCUGUGUCCCAAACUGAGGCUGCGAUGGCGGACCCCACCUGUCUGCGUGGGGUGGAGAUACCGGAGCUGCUGUCUGGGAGAAACUGGCAUUUUUGUUACUACCACAAUCAUCAUAGUAGCAAUGUACAAUUAUGCCGAGGGAUUCCUGUGUACUGGGGGUUCCCCAAUCCUCAUUCCUGAGCGUCUUAUAGUCACUGAA